GUCUUGCUAAGUUUCAGACAACCCCGUUAUUUUAUUAAAAAUCGCUCGAACUAAAAUAACGUCCAUACUUACAAGUAGUUUUUGUACAUUUUUCAACGAAUGUAAAAAAAAAAUACUUGUUUACCUCUUUAUUUAUAUUCUGUUUGUAUUCUCUCCAACCAAAAAGCGCUUUUGUCGUUUACGACUAAUAAAAAAAAAGCUACCAUUUUUUCAAAGAUUUGAUGUAUUAUUUAAAAGUAAUUUAUGCCUUUAGUCACCUGUAAUGUGUUGUCAAUAGUAUUUUUCGAAUUAUCUUUUAUACAUUGGCCAGUCAAAAUAUGUUCACAAAACAUGCAUUACCGCACUUAAACUAGUUGUUCGUUAGUCAGACGUAUACUUGUUGCUUAGUGUUAGCUAUUUUCACCAACACUCGUAUAGACACGAUGGCACCCUGGAAAGCAAUGCGAAACUGGCGUAAAUUGUUCUACGGAUUCGAGGUGGUAAAUACACUGUCUGCAGAAUUACUAGUCAAGGCUGCCGAAAGCGGUAAUUUAGAUGAUUUUAAUCGUCUUUUCAUAGCAGAACCCGCUCGUCUGGAAGUCAGAGAUUCCAAAGGUCGAGCAGCUGUACAUCAGGCAGCUGCCAGAAAUAAGCUGAAUAUAUUGCAGUUUAUCAGAAACCACGGAGGAGAUUUAAACAUAAGGGAUUCUUGUGGAAAUACUCCACUACACAUUGCUAUUGAACACGAUUCACUGGAUGCAGUAGAAUAUUUACUUCAAAACGGUGCGGAUCCGAGUGCUUUGAAUGAUAAAAAACAAGCAGCCUUACAUUUGGCGGUCGAGUUGAACAGAGUGGCCGUUCUUCAAGUAAUGUGCAAGUUCAAAGACCGAAUAGACACGGGACAAGGUGGUAUGCACGGCAGAACUGCCCUCCACUUGGCCGCCAUACACGAUCAUGACGAAUGCGCACGUAUACUGAUUCGAGAUUUGGGCGCGGACAACAGACAACCGUGUCAUAAUGGAUAUUAUCCGAUUCACGAGGCGUCAAAAAACGCAGCAUCCCGGACAAUGGAAGUGCUUUUGCAAUGGGCUGAGAGCAGAGGCAAUUCCAGACAUCAAAUGAUAUCGUUUUUCGACGCCGAGGGCAACGUGCCACUUCACUCCGCUGUACACAGUGGAGAUUUCAAGGCCGUUGAGUUAUGUCUGAAAUCUGGCGCAAAAAUAUCCACGCAGCAAUACGAUCUUUCGACACCAGUCCAUUUGGCCUGUGCACAAGGAGCUAUCGAUAUAGUUCGGCUAAUGUUUGGAUUGCAACCGGCUGAGAAAACCCAAUGCCUUUGCUCUUGCGAUGUGCAGAAAAUGACACCACUUCACUGUGCCGCCAUGUUCGAUCGUUCUGAAAUCGUACAAUACUUAAUCGAAGAGGGAGCCGACAUGAAUGCUCUCGAUAAGGAGAGUAGAUCUCCAUUACUCUUGGCGGCCAGCAGGUCUGGAUGGAGAACUGUGAUCAGUUUGAUAAGAUUGGGCGCCGACGUUCAAGUAAAAGAUUCCAAUAAAAGAAACGUGUUGCAUCUUGUAGUUAUGUAUGGUGGACGUCUAGACGAAUUUGCACAUGAAAUCACAAUGGAAAACGACCAAGAAGCUUUGGAAAUGUUGUUGAACGAAAGAGACAUUACAGGAUGUUCGCCAUUACAUUAUGCCAGUAGAGGCGGUCAUAUCAGAAGUUUAGAGAGUUUAAUACGUUUGGGCGCUUGUGUUAACAUAAAAAAUCACAACGGGGAAAGUCCUUUACAUUUCGGCGCAAGGUAUGGAAGAUACAACAUUGUCAAAAGAUUAUUAGAUUCGGAAAAAGGGGCGUUUAUCAUCAAUGAAUCGGACGGAGACGGACUCACCCCAUUGCACAUAGCAUCUCAACAAGGUCACACUAAAGUCGUGCAGUUAUUCUUGAACAGAGGCGCUCUACUGCAUCGAGACCACAAGGGUAGAAAUCCAUUACAUUUGGCGGCAAUGAGCGGACACACUCAGACUAUUGAACUGUUACAUUCUGUUCAUUCGCAUCUUCUAGACCAAUGCGAUAAAGACAAAAACACUGCGUUACAUUUGGCUACAAUGGAAAACAAACCGAACGCCAUUACAUUGUUAUUGUACAUGAACUGUAAACUCUUGUUUAACUCGUUAGACCUUAGCGCUAUUGAUUAUGCCAUUUAUUACAAGUUCCCUGAAGCAGCAUUAUCAAUGGUCACUCACGAUUCUAGAGCCGAAGAAAUCAUGGCACUGAAAUCCGAUAGACACCCUUGUGUCACACUGGCUUUGAUUGCGUCCAUGCCUCGUGUGUUUGAGGCCGUGCAAGAUAAAUGUAUCACAAAAGCCAAUUGCAAGAAAGACUCAAAACAGUUUUACAUCAAGUAUUCAUUUGCUUGUCUACAAUGCCCGGCGAUUCAAAAGAACAAUGUGGCCGGUACCUUGAAACGAACACCGCUGCCAGCUUUAAAUGCAAUGGUAAAUCACGGACGGGUUGAACUCUUAGCGCACCCGUUGAGUCAGAAAUACUUACAAAUGAAGUGGAAUACUUACGGGAAAUAUUUCCAUCUGGCGCAUUUAUUAUUUUUUACAAUAUUUCUGAUAUUCGUCACUCUAUUCUCUUCGCAACUGAUGGUGCUUUCUAGUUACGACGACCUGUCCAACUUAAACAACGAAUUAUUAUCGGCUGACAUGACAAACGCUAGCCAGGCCACGCUCAAGUCCGUAGCGGUGAUGAUCAUGAUCUACGUGUUCAUCAACAGCAUACGCGAAGUAAUCCAGUUCUACCAGCAAGGAUGGCCGUAUCUAUUGGACCCGACCAACGCGGUGGCCAUACUGUUGUAUUUUUCAGCCGUGGCAAUGAUUUCGCCAGCUUUGACCGGCCGGUUGAUCGAAUAUCAAGUAUCGUUCGCCAGCUUCACCGUGUUCCUCAGUUGGUUCACGUUGCUUUUAAAUUUACAAAGAUUCGAUCAAGUAGGGAUCUACGUCGUUAUGUUCCUAGAAAUAUUACAAACGUUAAUCAAGGUACUACUCUUAUUCUCCAUACUGAUUGCCGCUUUCGGUUUGGCGUUUUACAUUCUGUUGUCGAAGGGUAACCAUCUUUCAUUCAGCACCGUGCCGAUGUCGUUGUUGCGGACUUUUGCCAUGAUGCUGGGCGAAAUUGACCUGCUCGGAACCUAUAUACAACCGCUGUACAGCAAUGACGGCAACGGCGAUGACUUUGGUGAAAUCAGAAGCAUACCAUAUCCGGUGCCUGUGUUUUUAAUGCUUGGCGUAUUUAUGGUUCUCAUGCCUAUAUUACUGAUGAACUUACUAAUUGGUCUGGCCGUUGGAGACAUCGAGUCGGUCAGGAGAAACGCACAACUGAGAAGAUUGGCUAUGCAGGUCGUGCUGCACACCGAGCUGGAACGAAAGCUGCCACACGUGCUGAUGGAGAAAAUCGACAAGACGGAACAAAUCGAGUAUCCUAACGAGAGAAAAACGAAAAUGGGUUUUUUGGAUUUUAUCUUGGGCAAAUGGUUUUGUAACCCGUUUUCCGACGACGCUAUCGAAAUGGUAUUGGAAAACAACGAAAACGAUUUAACCGAUGAAAUUGACAAAGUUAAGGACCGGUUGAAAGUGAUCAGCAGCUCGUUGGAAAUACAACAGACGUUUCUCAGACUAAUCAUACAAAAAAUGGAAAUAAAGACCGAAGAAGAUGAAGUGGACGAAGGAGUGUUUCCGAAUGAAAUGACCAACAACCUGAAUGGAAAAUGGUCUACGCCUCGAGUUAGAACUAAACUCAAACAAUCUUUUAGUUUUUCAAAAUGUUAUACGAAGUAGAAUAAUAUAAUAUAAUAUGAUGUUUAUGAUAUGAAUAUGAUGUUUAUUUAUUAUACGCCAUAAAAUGAUAAUUACAGCUCUUUGUAAUGUUUUAAUUUUAACUAUUUUAUUUACUUAAUUACAAGAUUUACAUGUUCUUAUGUGAAAAUACUUAUAAAAAUAUCACUUACCUAACACUUGCAUUUUAAUGUUAUUUAUAAAAAACUAAAAUAAUAUAUUCAACAUUAGAUACACUGA